AGGCUAUUUAGUCACUAUAUUUUCGUUACACAGUAUUCUCAAAAAUCUUUUUAGAUGAUUGAUAAAUAGAUUGCUUUAUUCAGAAAUAUGAUCGCAAAGCACCAGAAAAAAACGAAGUGUAAUUUUCGUACGUGGAAUAGUAACAAAACUGGCCAAAACUAGAUACUUUUUGUGUAAUAUUUAACUGACAUUGCAGCAUAUUUUGACGCAUAUACCAUUAUUGUGAGCGAACGCUAAUAGCUUUUCAUAUUCAAUAUUUUUAUUUCGCUUCUGCUAGGUCGAUAAAAUGCCAUUUGCACCUGAGUUAUGCACUCAUUCUCAAAAAGUUUGUACCUUGUAUAAAAAAGCUCUACGAAAUAUUGAAGCGUUCUAUGUAAAUAGACAUGUUACAAGGUAUCAUCAAGUUAUUUUGAGAGCUGAGUUUGACAAAAACAAGUGUGUUACUGAUCCGAAAGAACGUCGUCGAUUGCUUUGGCUUGGGGAACAUGAGCUGUUUAAGAUAUGGUGCCCACUACCGGUCAACAGAUUUCCUACUUCACGUGAUGGUGGGAGUGCGUCUGAACGAGUAAUUACACCUCCGGACUGGGUACUUGACUAUUGGCACCCGCUAGAGAAAGCUCAUUACCCUGAAUACUUCAGAAAGCGUGAAGCUCGUAAAUGUGAAUACAUUCAGAAAUGGCAUUUGGGCACACUAUAUUAAAUCACUAGUCUUUUAGAUUAACUAAAUUCAGAAUUAUAUUUUUUGUCAUGUUUCUUAUUAUAAUGUAUAAUUUAGUAUUAUUGUUAGUAGAAUAAAUUAAUUUUUCACAGCUUCUUCCUAUCAAACAAUAAAACGUUUUUUGACAUUAACCCAGGCAUGAUGGGUCACAUUGUAAUGUAAUUGUCAUUUCAAAAUACAUCAACAAAUUCAGAACUUUUAGGUUAUAUUCAAAGUUAUUUGAAUUUAAUUAAAUAUUAAUGACGAAA